GACACCAGACUACAGUGUCGGCGAUGCGCUCUCUCUGGGUUUGUCUCUACACUGUUCUGCUGUCCGUCUCAGUCCAGGGAUACAACUGGUCAAUCUAUGGUUGGUCAAUGUCCGGCGCUGAUGUGGUCUCUGCGGUGGAAGGAGCCUCCGCUGUGUUACCGUGGACUUUCACCCACCCACCCACUGACCUCGUCCCUUCCGGCACCUUGAUCUGGUACAGGGUGGAAUCAGGUGCUAGAAAACUGGUUUUUAACUGCUCAUAUCCCGAUUCCGGCCGCUCCUGGUGCGAUACAACACUGAAGACUGGAAGAGGACAGUUCGGAUUCGUGGGGAACCUCAGUCGGAGAGAUGCCUCGAUAAUGAUGCAGCGUCUGAACCGGAGUGACGGUGGUCGGUACUGGUGCCGGCUGGAGCUCAAUAUUGGUAAAAUUCAAACGGCGGUUCUCACAGAGCUGUCUGUGAGAGCUCCCGGCGAGAGUGUCUCUGUGAUGACUGGAACCGAGGGAGCUUCGGCCACGUUACCCUGUGAGUUCACACGGCCUCCGCAGAACCUCACCGCACACACGGUGACGUGGAUGAGGAAGGAUCCCUACCGACACAUCGUCACGUUCAGGCGUUAUGAAAAUGAAUCGUGGGCAGCGGAAAACAGAGUGACUCGGUACGAGCUCGUCCGGGACCCAGAGCGGGGAAACGCCUUGAUCAGGAUAAAGCAACUGAGUGUGGAGGACAGUCACAGCUACCUGUGUCUGGCUGAGUUCAGGAAAAAGAACCAUGAUUAUUCAUUCUACACAGGCCACCUCACACCCCCAUUUAUCCAUGUGUUCCAGAAUGAGAUCCAGCUGCAGGUCAGACCAGGGACAGACGCUUUUGCCGAGCUGAUGUUGUGUAUCCCACUCGGAUUGAAAACUCUCGUCCUUUUAGUGAUGGGCGCCGUUCUCUACGGUGACAAACUCAGAAAGCGACGAGACUGACCCACUCCAGGAGACUGGGAGGUCCGGUUUUCCAAACACAAGGUUCAGUCGCCCCUCCGUGUGUACUUCAUCAGCUACCGCACUCUGGGAUCGGGCAUUUCUAAUCUGAUUUCCAAAUGGCUUUCCGAUUUUCCCUUCUCUGCUUUUUAUGGUUUCAGACCCGCUCUCAUUUAGAGUCUGCUUUGUCCUGUUGGAAUUUUAUACGCUUUUAUGAGCUCCUGUUACUCCUCUCAGUUCCAGCGACUAUGGGGCCAACUGAUUUAAUCUCUCAUCAGGUAACAGCUCUGCUCCCUCGGGAUCCUAGUAAACCUUCACUGCACUCGCUCCCUGAUAAAUCAUCCCAACUCAGACAAAUUCAAAACUGCACAAAUUUCAGAUAGGCUCUCCCUAAGGCCCUGUACAGCUACAGCGGCAUCCUUUCUUCUGUUCUGAAAUCAGCUUGCAUUACGCCACCCUCAAAGAUGGAGGUGUUGAAAUUAUUUCGCCCAUCCAGUUCAUUGUUGUUGACUUUGAGCAACUGGGCAUAAAUACAAUUCCGUCCUUUAGUUACAUCUUGCCACCUGGGAAAAGACCCGAUUCCUCGUCCACUUUGUUAAUAGAAUCUGACAUUUUAAAUCCAAAGUUCUUUCAGUGGCGCGAAUUGAACCCAACGGUUAAUCACUAACUAGUUCUCUAAAGCGAUGCCACAACCGCGACUCGACUAUGUCACCCGAAAUUUAGGUUGAGCCUGGAGCAGGUUAGAAAGUUGGGUUAACAUCGUGGGCCGACGGAUCUCGAGUGAGCUGUGCUGUUUUAUGUUCUGGAUCUUUUGGUGUGAAGGAAACUGGGUCAUUCGGCAGCUGGUACCUGCUCCCCUCUCAAAUACAAACAUGCCUGAUCAUUUCCUGCAAAUCCUGCAUAUUCCCGUACUUUCCAAGAUAAUCAAAAAUAUAUCGACCUUUGUCCUGAAUAGUCUCAGCUGCUGGACAAGCAUCCAACCGGAUCGGUUCGUUUGCGACAAUGUGGCGAGUCCGUAGGCGGCCGAUCGAUCUCACGAGGAACAAUUGGCCUCUCGGCGCGGCUGGUACUUUCUUUCAGGAGUGGGCUUUCAAGUGCGCAUGCGUUUCUUCACACCAAACCGGGUUCGUCUCACCCGUACUGUAAGUUACGCAGAGUGUAUCCAAGUUAACAUCACUCAGUAAAAAUGUUUAAUCACACCACUGUCGUUCUUGCUCUGCAUAUACUAGAGAACAACCACCGUCCAAUUAAUUGAAGAAAUGAAGAAAUGUUAUCUGUCUUUCAUUGGCCUCCUCCUGCUUUGACUCUACCACCUGUUGCGGAAUUCUGGGCUAAACGUGCCGAACAUGCAGGACCAGAAAACGAUCGUGGAUGGAGGCCUCACUUAGGCGGCGGUAAACGCGGCAUGGACGGCAACCACUGUUGGGCUUAGGACAUUGAGUAGGGGUGAGGUCCAAGGGCUGUUCGACCUGGGUACACGCGCUGGUCAUCUUCUCUGAGUCCAGUCUACGCGCACGGACAUGCACCGGUCAGCAAGUUGUGGAAACGUUGUUCUCGACCCAUGCUUUCUGAUUAGAGCGGAAAAGCUGGGCGUGGUAGGGUCUGGAAAUUCACCCAGCAGCAAAGGAAUUCACAUGUGUUGGUGCAUGAGCUAGAUAGACUCGUUGUGGGGAACUUACUGGGGGUACAGAGUAACAACCCAAAGUCAUCUGCGUCCACAAGCCAACUCUACAAACAGAAGUCUGUGUGUGUGUGUGUGUGUGUGUGUGUGUGUGUGUGUGUGUGUGUGUGUGUGUGUGUGGUGGCAGGGGGUGUACUCUUUAAAAAUCGGGACAAGUUUGUUUUACACAGAAUGUGAUGCGUAGAUUGACGCAAGCUUCGUUGUUGAUCAAAUUCUAAGAAUACUUUGCUCUCUGCUCGGCUUCCUGAUAUUUUCAGUUGUAAGUGUCUGUGUUGUGGCUUAACAGUUCCUCGACCUUCUACAGCAUGUGAAAAAAGUCAGUAUUUCAAGCCCAGUAAGGAAAGUGCAGCACUCAGGAGGCCCAAACACUGAGGUGUGAGUGACGAACACAAGUGUUGUCUUUGCAGGGUUCGCAGUCAGUCUCAGGCUGGGGUACCAACAGUUGAUUCAUUCUUCACAUUAAAUUCAUCCCAGUUCUGUAAAGCCCAGAGCCUGUGGCCACAGACUCGGGAAACAUUGAAACAGUCCGAGAUCAGCAGAAAUAACUCGACCUCCUAGUGCGAUGAACUGAGAGAUUUGAGCAGAAAAUUCUUUACACGCCAAUGGAGAACAUACACUGUUGUCUGCAGCACAGAAAUGGAUGGUUAACCAGGAUCGUGUUGACUGGUGGAGCAGGGCUGGGCGACCGAAUGGCCUACACACUUUAACUGGGGUCAGGCUGGUGGGUGGAAGGAAAAGGAGGGACUGUUCCUGACAGGGAAACCGUCGGUAGAGCUGGGGGACUUGUGGGAUGAGCUGUGUUGUGGGGUGGGGGGGGGAGUGUCUGUUGGAUUGAAUCUGGUUUCAGCUGAAGCACUCGGAAAGGCUCCAAUUUUCAACUGUAGACACAUUUGCGGGCUGCUCCCAGCGAAUUUUUAAGUACUGUUUUUAUACGCAAAUGGUUAAUUUCACGUGUGCUAAAUCGAUAAAUGUACCUGAACG